CUUACAGUUAUUUAUAGGAUAACGUUCAAAACAAUCGCACGCAAAUAAAAUUAAAGGCAUCAGCAUAAAGGAAGACUUGAUAGUAGGGCACUAGAUCUGCAACUGUGAAUAUCGUACUUUGUAUUUUAAUUGACGAAGCCAGCCAAAAUAUUUUUAUUCAGUUCCUUGCCACAGUCAUAUUUUUAUUAAAAUGGAAAACUGUGCAGUUUGCGGUAUAGAAUCAAAGCAAAAGUGCUCUGGAUGCAAUUUAGUAUUUUAUUGUUCACGAGAUCAUCAAGUUGCUGACUGGAAAAAUGGACAUAAAACAAAUUGCAAGUGCUAUGAUAUCUCAUCCAAUAACAUUUUAGGACGGUACAUGGUAGCAAAACGUGACAUUAAGCCUGGAGAAAUUAUUUUACGUGAAAAGCCAAUUGUCAUUGGACCUAAAACAAUAUCGAAUGUGAUGUGUUUAGGAUGUCAUCAACUAUUAAAUGUAAAUUAUUACAAGUGCUCAAAAUGCACAUGGCCACUUUGUGGAAAGAGCUGCGAGACAUCAGAAUAUCAUGUAGACGAAUGCAAACUUAUGUCAUCAAAGAAUUUUAAAUCUUCAAUCAAAGAAGUAGGAAAAUUAGAAUCAAGUUAUUGCGUCAUAGUUCCGCUUAGAGUGAUUUUUAUGAGAAAGAACCAGCCCAAGAUGUAUCAACAAUUCUCAAAGCUUGUCUCACAUAUUGACCGAAGGAUAUCAACAAAGCUUUAUGAUGUACUUCGAGCGAAUCUAGUUCCAUUCAUACUCAAUUUCCUUCAAAUUCCUGAUCUUACGGAAAAUGAAAUUCUAGAAAUUGCAGGUAUUUUAGAUACAAAUUGCUUCGAAGUUCUUCUAACAUCCAAAAAGGUCAAAGCUCGUGGAAUUUAUUAUGAAACAGCCAUGAUGGCUCAUGAAUGUAUCCCAAAUACAAAACAUUUUGUAGAUGAAAAUUAUGAAAUGAAAGUUUUCGCAACACAGAUGAUUAAAAAAGGAGAAAUGAUUCUGACAAGCUACUCACAUCCUUUAAAAACAACACUUGAAAGACGACUAGCUAUAAAUUUAGCAAAAUGCUUCGAUUGUGUAUGUCCAAGAUGUAUAGAUGCUACAGAAAAAAAUACAUUUUCAUCUUCGAUUAAAUGUAGCACAUGUAAAGAUGGUGUGCUGACAUCUUGUGAUCCACUCACAAACUUAUCUGAAUGGCAAUGUAUUAAGUGCGAGCAUAAAGUUUCAGGCGCAAAAAUAAUUCAACUGACGAGUGAGAUUCGCAAGAGUUUGGAUCACUUAAACAAGAGAUCGGUAGUUGAGUGUGAAAAUUUUAUAAAAAGCUACAAAAAGUUCUUGCCGGACUCGAGUGUGUUUAUGAUGGAUGUCAAAUAUGCACUUUGUAUGCUUUAUGGGAAUGUUGAUGGAUACUUUUUUAGAGAUUUAUCUCCUGACCAAAUCCAAAGGAAACUGGAUCUUUGCAAUCAAUUACUAUCAGAACUCUCAAUCCUUGAGCCUGGAAUAUCAAAUUCCUUCUUAAACACUAAAUUUGAGCUGAAUGUUGCCGAAAUUUUAAAAAUUAAAAGUCAAUUUAAGCCAAAUAAUGAAACUUCAAAGCUCAUAGAAAUUCACAUGGAAAGGAUCACCGAGACUUAUAAUUUACUAAGAGUAGCUAGUGAUGGAAAAGCUUUAAUCGAUAACCGUUAUAAGAAAAUUAAAGAAGAAAGUUCAUUGUAGAUUUUAAAGCUUGACUUUGUAGUUCACUUACAUUUACAGUAUAAAAUUUGUGUAUGUCU